GAAACCUGGGGGUUCAUCUACCGAAUUACAAACCUAAUUAUGAUCAAAAGAAAAUUUAGCAAUCUUAUGAGCUACCUCGUUUGCUUCUCUAUUACAAUGCAAAAAAUGAACAAAUCCUAUCAUACCAGACAAAGUGGAGCAUUCUACAUAAAUUGCCGAUGCUCCGUUCCAAAUUAUGUCUUGUCCUGAGCAAGCAUUAAUCACCUACAUCGAAUCAGAUUCUAUUUGGAUGAAAUGAAACCCCAUAUCAUUAGCUAACAUCAACCCAUUUCUCAUAGCUAGAGACUCAGCCAUAUGUGCAUCAACUACAUGGGGCAUUGGAGAGUAGGAGGCCGCCAAGAAGACCCCGUAUUUGUCUCUGAUGCCUGCACCCUUGGAUCCUCUCAACUCAUCAGCCAAAAACGAUGCAUCCAUAUCAAAAAAAAGUGUGUUGAUAUAGCUCGUGGUUUCGUUUUCUGUUUUUUUAGCAAAUCGUUUUCUGUUGAUGGAAUCUCGAAAAACCGGCCUUUUUUACGAGAUUAUUAAAACGGGCCGAUUUUUUGUUUUGAGGAGAUUGAAACCGGGCCAUCCUUGGACCUGGAGUCCUACACGGAUCAGCCUUUACCUAGGAUCUGAAGUCGGUCCACCGCCGCCCCGGCGCAGCAAUACCUAGGAUCGCACAAACCCCUAAAAAAAAACCUAGGAUCGCACAAAUUCACCGGAGAUGGCGGCCGCCGUCGGGGACGACCUCUUCCUCGACCGCCUCAGCGAUCUCCCGGACAUCAUCCUGGUGACCAUCCUCUCCCGCCUCGACAUGGACGAAGCGGCGAGGUGUUCAAUCCUCAGCUCUCGCUGGCGCCGCCUCUUCCCAUCCACCCUCCUCGAUUUCAAGGCCGGCGGUAUUCGCCGCGACAGGGCCGUCGAGGCCGUCACCUCCAUCCUCGCCGCCCACCCCACCGAGCCCGUGCGCUCAUUCAGCACGUACAGGCUCUCCUUCCGCCGCCAGGACGAGGACGCCGUUGACGGCUGGCUCCGGGAUCUGGCCAACCGCGGCAUCGAAAAACUCGUCCUCUACUUCAACGAGAAGCGCCAGCAGAAGGUCCCGGAAUCCCUCUUCGCCUGCGCGUCCCUGAAGCGCCUCAAGGUGAUUAACGGCACCUUCCCUGACGCCACCGAGGCCGCCGCAUCCCUCGCCGUCCUCGCCAAGAUCGACCUGUCCGACGUCAAGAUCUCCGAGGACUCGCUGAACUCCCUGCUCUCGAACUGCAGGGCGCUGGAGCGCCUGAAGAUCACUUCCAUCAGCAAGUGCGACCGCCUCCAUGUCCGGUCUAGGAGCCUCAAGGUCCUGAACACCAGUGGCGACUUCAAGGAGCUCUUCAUUGACGACGCUCCCAACCUGGAGCAGGUGCUCGGCUGCUACCUGAACAGCAGGUCGGUCAAAAUCAUGAUCGCGCACGCUCCAAAGCUGGAGUUCUUUGGCUACACCGGCAUGAACAACGAGAUUGAGUUUGGAAACACCAAGUUCACCAAGUUCAGGGAAAAGAAUAUUCAUGCUGAGACCAUUAUGCCAAGCCUCAAGACACUAGCGGUCGACCUGAUGCACACGCCGGACGGACACAUCAACGAACAUUACAUCAACUGGUUUAUGCAGCUGAUCAAGGUGUUCCCUUGCUUGGAGACGAUCUACAUCAAGUCGGACUCUUGGUCCGAGGCUCGUGACAGCUCCCCGGGGUCGUGGGACGUCCUAGCAUCCGUUCCUUGCAUGGACAACCACCUCGAGAAGGUGGUGUUCGAAGUUUACCGAGGACAGGAGUGGCAGAGGGACAUGGCCAAGUUCCUUCACGGGAGGAGCAGGUUCCUCAAGACCAUGGAGUUCCACUGCAUGGACGAUACUUCAAGAGAGGAUUAUGGCAGGGCUCCUACUGAAGAAUGGGUGAGGAAGCAGCAGGAGCUCUUGUGCCUCGACAGCCGGGCCUCGAGAGAUGCUCGUUUCCUCUUUUUCAAGAGUCAGCUGGUGGUCAACCAUCAUGAGUUCAGCCAUAACGAGUCGUACCAGAGGGGUUAUUAUCGUGACAUGUAUAACCUUUAAUAAGGAGUCUGUUAUCUGCAUAGAGUUGGCACACUUGAGUUACAUUCUUCAUUGUGGUUUUCUUAUAGCGACUUUAUUGUGAAAAUUGAGAAUUCAAGAUAGACGGUGUUUCUUGUUGUCAAA